GGUUUGUGCUGCCCCGGUGGCCGCCCCUCUACCCCAACCCGGUCCGGAGUCUUCCCGGGAGACCAGAGCGGCCGGUGUGAAGUGAAAAUCGUGUUCCAUAAAGUAUCACACUACUGCAAUUUGGACUUCCAGAUGAUUUUCUUCACCACUGACUUCCACGAACUUACUGGGAAAUGAUAUUUAAAAGUGUGACUGUAUUGUACAAGUUUGGAGAGCGGCGGGACUGUGCUGGGCGAGCCAUCGUUCACUAAAGCGGAUCUGAAGCAUGUGAGCAGGCACAACUGUUCGGGAGAUGGGCUCCCAUGACCUUUCCUGUCACUUAUUAGUUCAGUCCGACCAGCAGUUAAGCCUGUGAAGAUGGCCAGCACCAUGCUGCUGUGAUACCCGAAAUAAUUGGCCGGAGAAACCAAGGCAGUUUGACGGAUGCUGGAACAAAGUUUUGACACGACGACAUCUUGUGAACUGAACCUAUUAAGUGUUUUCAUUAGGGCUUAGCUGCAAUAGAAAGCCCGGGUCUGCUCUGAGCAGUAUAAUUAGCUGUGUUAAACUGUUUGGUGGCCUGUUGUUGAUCAGUGGCUUUCCUUUGAAGGUUUGUCCUGCCCAUAUAAAAUUUAAUGGGCACCCAUGCUUGCUGGAAAUUGCUGCCUUUAGCUCUGAGGAAAUAGAAUACAGGUUAACACCAAUAAAACCAAAACUGGCGUCGUUCCAUGGAAGUCCAGUUGGGGCUUCACCUAGAGCAGACUGGAGUUCCACUGCAGGGCAGAGAUAAAACACACUCAGAGUCUGCUGGAAGAAGUUUGUCUGUGCUAAAGCACUGCAGAAUCAUCUGAAUUGCAACCGAUUCAACGAUCCUUUUCCUCUUAGUGGCCCAACUGACCACUAGCCACGUUCUCUGCUGUCCUCUUUUCAAGUAAGUUCCAUUUUUCCAACUUGGACAGAACUGUGAGAGUAUUGAUCAAAGUUUGACACCCACAUGGAGAAACUGACAUAUCUAUGGCUUUAAUCUGCGGCUGCUCUGAAGUUGGCUAGAACUGGAACAAGCUCUACAUCGAUGAGGUGACAAGUUCUUCCUGUGAGACAGCGUGCAGCAAUCCUCGUGGUAAUGCCUCGCCGAGGCCUACUAAUGCAGGCUUGGACACGGUGUCUACUUCUAGGUCUUGCUCUGUUUUUCUGUCUCAUCUCCCUCUUGUACUUGCUAGAGUGCACGCCCCGGCCGGAUAAUGACCCCCUCCUUCUUGGCAUUCCAGGAAAACCAUACAGCAAAGAAUAUUAUCAGGCUCUCCUGCAGGAACAGGAGGAGCACUACCUGACUCGUGCUGCAAGUCUUAAGCGGCAGAUCACUCAGCUGAAGCAGGAACUCCAGGAAAUGAGUGAGAAGCUGAAAUCUGUGCAGGAGAAGAAGGGCCCAGCUCUAACUGGCGGAGGAGGCCAGAACAGCAAGGAGAACUUUCCCAAUGAUUUGCUGGAGUUCUUGCACUCGCAGAUCGACAAGGCUGAGGUUAGUGUGGGCGCCAGAGUACCCAGCGAGUAUGCGGUGGUGCCCUUUGAAAGCUUCACUCUGACUAAAGUGUACCAACUGGAGAUGGGCCUGACCCGACACCCUGAGGAGAAAGCUGUGAGGAAGGAUCGAAGGGAUGACUUCGCUGAGGCCAUUGAGGCUGGAUUGGAAGUAUUGAAUAACCCUGAGGAGGAGGAGGAGGAGGAUAAUGAUGAUGAAGCUGAUGAUGACCGAAUACAGAAACACACCUACACUGAGAAUGACUUUGUAGAAGGCUACUAUCGUACAGAGAGAGACAAAGGGACCUUAUAUGAACUGUUCUAUAAAAAGGAAUUCCUGGAUGAAUUUCAACACGUCACACUCUUCCGCCCUUUUGGACCUCUCAUGAAAAUCAAAACUGAAACAAUCGACGUCUCACACCAGAUCAUCAAUGUAAUUGUGCCGCUGUCUGGCCGCACUGAGGCUUUCGCCCAGUUCAUGCAGAAUUUCAGAGAUGUGUGCAUUCACCAGGAUGGGCACGUUUAUCUCACGGUUGUCUACUUUGGCCAGGAAGGAUUAGAUGAAGUGAGGAGGAUCCUGGAGAUGACUGCCAGUGAAACUAAUUUUCACAACUACACUCUGGUUCCAUUGGCUGAUGAGUUUUCUCGGGGACGUGGUCUGGAUAUGGGAGCCCGAACCUGGGAGAAAGGCGAGGCGCUGAUGUUUUUCUGUGAUGUGGAUAUUUAUAUCUCUUCUGAGUUUCUUAAUAGCUGCCGGAUAAAUACAGAGCCUGGUAAAAAAGUUUUCUACCCUGUUGUGUUCAGCUUGUACAAUCCUGCAGUUGUCUAUGCCAACCUGGAUGGUACCCCAUCCAUUGAGCAACAGUUGGUGCAUAAGAAAGAUUCAGGGUUUUGGCGAGAUUUUGGAUUUGGGAUGACUUGUCAAUAUCGCUCCGAUUUCCUCACUAUUGGUGGCUUUGACCUGGAUGUGAAAGGAUGGGGAGGGGAGGACGUCCACCUGUACAGGAAGUACCUCCACAGUGACCUGAUUGUGGUGAGGACGCCGGUCUCUAGCCUCUUCCACCUGUGGCACGAGAAGCAUUGUGCGGAUGAGCUGACUCCAGAACAGUAUCGAAUGUGUAUUCAGUCAAAAGCCAUGAAUGAGGCUUCCCAGGCUCACCUUGGGAUGUUGGUGUUCCGAGAGGAGAUUGAGGCCCAUCUCCGCAAGCAAGCUUACAGAACUGACAGUGACAUUCCUGACUGAGUCAGAGAUCUUUGCCACUCGACCUGUUAAGGCUUUUAAUUUGUAGUCUUUGGGUCAGGACCUUUUGUGUGCUUUAUAAUGGGACCACAGAUGUCUAGAAAAUGUAUCACAUUGUGCUGUUGCAGUGCUUGAUUAAUGGCACUAAAUGCGCUGAUGAGUUUAUACAUCUAGAAGGAGCUCAGCAAUGUGUGUGCCAUUCGCCCUUGCAAUGCAAGCAGAUCUGAGAUCCCAGAUACCCAGGAGUUCCAGGGUGUUGGAGGAAAGAAUUUGCCACUUCAAGUAUAUCCUGUCCACAGAGAGGGCUUUCGCCCUCCUGCUUGCCCUGCUCUGUUGCUUCGCAGUACGCUCGCACUGUAGUUCGAGAGCGAUGGGCUGCACGUGGCUCAGGAAAUUGCAGGGUUUCAGUGUGAAUUAACGGGAUAAUUGACUAGCUAUGGAACAGUAUUAAUAUUCUGUGAAUAGGACCACAAAUUUCCACACUUUCUUUAAACUGUUUCUGGCCAUCUGUAGGAGGCUGUACAAAACCAUGCUGGUUAACGACCAGCUAGGACCUGGGAGCACCUCCUGUGUGUACAUGCAGACCAACUUGGCUCAUUUGAUUCUGGGCCUGAAGGCUCUGUGUUCAAAGCCAAAUGAAGCACAUCGUGCACGCUGCAUUGUCAGGGGUGCUGUCCUUUGAACGAGAUGUUCAACCAAGGCUCCGUCCCAUGGUGCUAUUCAAAGAUGGGGUUUCCCGGUGCCUCUGUCCAUGCUCUUUCGUGCUCUCGCUCUCUCUGACUGCCUGCCUCUCUCUCUGACUGCCUGCCUCUCUCUCUGACUGCCUGCCUCUCUCUCUGACUGCCUGCCUCUCUCUCUG